AUGCUCCCUUCUUUGAUCCAACCAUGCUCCUCUGGGACUCUCCUGUUGCUGCUGAUGUCAAAUCUCUUCCUGUGGGAGAAGGUGUCCUCUGUACCCAUAAAUGCCAGUGAGGCUGUUCUCAGUGACCUGAAGGACUUGUUUGAUAAUGCCACUGUACUUUCUGGAGAGAUGGCUAAGCUUGGUGUAAGCAUGCGCAAAGAAUUUUUCAUGAACUCAUUCUCUUCAGACAAGUUCAAUAAGAUUAUAUUAGAUUUGCACAAGAGUACGGAGAAAAUAACCCAGGCUUUCAACAGCUGCCACACUGUUCCCAUCAACGUUCCUGAAACAGUAGAGGAUGUCCGAAAGACAUCGUUUGAAGACUUUUUGAAAAUGGUGCUCCAUACGUUGCUGGCCUGGAAAGAACCUCUGAAACAUCUAGUGACAGAACUCAGUGCUUUGCCAGAAUGCCCUUAUAGGAUCCUAUCAAAGGCCAAAGCCAUUGAGGCUAAAAACAAAGACCUUCUAGAGUACAUCAUAAGAAUAAUAUCCAUUGUUAAUCCUGCAAUCAAAGAAAAUGAAGACUACCCGACCUGGUCAGAUUUGGACUCCCUGAAGGCAGCUGAUAAAGAAACUCAAUUUUUUGCUCUUUAUAUGUUUUCCUUCUGCCUGCGUCUUGACCUAGAAACAAUUGAUUUUCUAGUCAAUUUCCUAAAAUGUCUGCUUCUUUAUGAUGAUGUCUGCUACUCAGAAUUUUGA